AUGAAGGAUCCUGGUGCUUUCUUUCAUCAAAUAUGUUGUGAAAAUAGAGACGAUGACGAAGUUGGCCAAAUAUUUGGUGCCUCCUCUGUAGAGUUAAUUACAACAGGACCAGAACCAUUUGAAGAAAUAAAGUUCAAAUCGGACGAGAUGCAGAAUUUAUUUAAAUUGCUGGCGGUAACGUCAAAUACGCAUAAUCGAAUGGAGGAGCUACACAUUUCCAAUUUUUAUGAUGACAGAGGCAUAGUUGUCCACCCCGAAUUCAGACAAUUGGGAAUUGCGAGGGAAUUUCUGAAGACCAGAUGUCUGGCUUGCGUGACAAACAAUGUUCCUGCUACCGGUGCUCUCAUGACCUGCAUCGCUACUCAGAAGGCUGCUGAGAAAGACAACUGGGAGACUGUCUUGGAGGUGGACUUACAGGAACUUGGCCGCAAGCACGACGUGACCUUCGAGGAUGGCGGUGUCAGCAUACUUAUGAUCUGGAAGAACCCGCAAUAUAAACUCCCACAAAAUAUGUAAUGUUAAUCAGUUGUUAAAUUAUAAAAUUGCUCCUCUC